UAUCUCUGGUGGCGUCUAGCGACCUAGCGACAAGCGACAUGAUAUGAUCUAUGGGGAAAUUUUAAAAAUAUUUUAUAUUUUUCAUCUGAGUAUGAUCUGAGUUUAUUUUUGUUUUUGAUUUUUUAUUUUUAAAAUGGGGGAUUUGGAAGUGUGUAAUAAAAAUGAACUGAAACAAACUAUACUUAACACUAAGACUCCCUUAGUUAUACAUAAUAUUUCAUCAGAAAUGGUGAAAUGGACAUUAACUGAGUGGCAAGAAUUUAUUGGGGAUGAUCAAUUACCAUUUAGAUUAGGAAAGAAUAAAUAUACACAAAGUCCUCAGUGGGAGAAUACAUGUACUAUAAAAUAUUUGCAGUUUAAGGAUUUUGUUGAGCAAUCUACCAACAGUAACAAUGAUUGGUUGUAUUUUGAUUAUAAGCAUUUGCGUGAUUGGUUUGUAAAUAAGGUUGAUCUUAGGGAUAAUAUGGUUUGGUCAAAAAUCGGUUUUUCAGAGAUUACUCUUGAAGAUUCUACCAUCUGGAUCGGCUCAAAAGGUGCUCACACAUCUUGUCAUGUAGAUACUUAUGGAUGCAAUAUGGUUUACCAAGUUUAUGGACAAAAAUUAUGGUUACUAUUUCCUCCAGAAGAAAAUUUAAAUUCAACACGUGUCCCAUAUGAGGAAUCAAGCAUAUAUUCUAAACUAAAUUUUUUCAGUCCAAAUGUACCAGAUUUUAAUGGAUUAACUAAUUGCCAUAAGAUAAUCUUAAACCCUGGAGAUCUUUUGGUUGUACCACAUAAAUGGUGGCAUUAUGUAGAAAAUUUAGAUGUAGCAAUUAGUAUAAAUGCCUGGUUGCCAUUGCCAGAAGAUAAUAUUGAGCACAUUAGAGAAAGCAUAACAGCACUUUUGGUUGGGGGAGUAUUGAAAGAUCAGAACCCUGAUUGCCAACAAAUAAUUUUAAAUCCAAACAUGAUAAAAGAAAUGAUAAAUUCUCAAGAUGCUUUAAUAAUAUUAAGUAAAAAAUUAAAAGAAUGUAAGGUAACUAACAAGAGGCAUAAACCAGAGAUAAGAUUAGAAAAACCUGAAAGUGAAAUAACCAAAACAAAUUUCCCUUUUGUGUCUAAAAUUGAAAAAUUGAAUGAUCAAGAAUUUAGAAUAUUUGUACAGGGACAAUCAAACAGAUUUUCUUCAACAAAACAAAGCAUAUCAUAUCAACAAGGACAAUUUAAAGAAAUAUCUGAUUUCUUAGAAGUUAUUACUGAUAAUGAAGUAAUAUCCUUGAUAAUGAAAAAACUAUUGGAAAAAUAAAUACCUAUAAAGUUGGCAAUAAAACAAUCAGUUUAAUUCAAUGUAUUUUAUUUUAGGAAUUUCUAUGGAAUUAUUAGUCUCAAAUUUAAAAUUACAAGUAGUUUGUAAAUCUGACUAAAUAUGGUUUAAAUAUAAUUCAAAAAUUAGUUCAGUAUAUACAUGUUUUAAGUGCUUUAAAUUUUAAAUAAUAUCAUGUAGCAACUAGAUAUAAAAUGAGCAUUAUAAUAAAUAUUUGUGCCAUAUAAA